AUAAAAUAUCUGUUUCUUACCAGGCAUUUCUGCUCCUUAGCUGGCACAGACUCAUGGAUUUUAACUGUAAUAUUUUCAUGUUCAGAAAAUCUAUGGCCAAGGAUGAGAAUUUUGAUUGUGCAAAAGAAAUUAGGAGUAAAGGGAAUUCCAUUUUUAAGAUGAAAGGAGGAACUGUUAAAAUGGUGGUCCUUACUGAUUUAAAUACUCCUGUUCUUAUUUCUGCAAAACUUGUGAUCAAAUGCUCUGGGGAAGAGUCUGGGGCUGGAAGAGUUUGACCUUUAAUGCAUAUGUAAAUAUGACUUUCAGUCGUGUAUAAUCUCUCCCAUACAACAGAUCUGUGGGUGUCCAUAGGGACAGAAAGAUCAUAUGAGUCUUUAUUAUAUAUCACAAAAAAUCACAAAUCAUUCCUGUCAGUGUGCAGAGUGCUGCUAAUGAACAAAUUUCAUUCCUGAAGUAGUAUCUGUGAUGGAUGUGAGGUUGUAAGAAGUACAGUAAGUAAAGUAAAACAAGGUUAAUCUAAUCUCCUCCAUAAAGCUGACAGGAAAAGAAACCAUGUAUUUAAAGUGAAAGUAGACAAAGUAGGUAACAGGCCUCUCUUGUAUUUCACUCAUUCAUUUGUUAAUUCUGAAGUUUCUUCUUGAAUUUUAGGAGACAAAGCAAUAUUAUGAGCUAAAGUUCAAUGUAAACCAAAGCCUGAUGUAACAUGGAAAAGAGAAAGUGGGUACCAGUGGAAUGUAUUUUAAGAAGUAUGUGCCAAGAUGAUACAAAUAACUACAAGUGUGCUGUGUCCACUGAUGCCAUCUACACUGUCCCCUUGAUCAUAACUAAAGCCCCUUGCCCUUUUCCAGGGGUUCUAAUUCAGUUUGUCAGUGAUCUUAAGAACACUCAAACAAAAAAGAAAGGAGAAGCCUGGUGGGAGUGUGUGCUGGCUUCUGAAGAUAUCAGCCUGAAGAGGAUGAAGAAUGGACGAGUGAUUGAAAGGUCUCCAAAGUACACCUUGAAGCAUGAAGGGAAGAGAGGACAAUUUAUCAUUAAUCUGCUGAGCCGAGUGACUCAGGAGAUUAGCACAGAGGUCGUAGGCUAUGCAAGACAGUGACCCCCAUGAGCAGUGACAGUG